AUGGUUUCACCAAUACCAACACGAAAACGUCACUUAUUUCAGGUUAAUCGACAUGUACGAGCUUCUAUAAUGCUAUUAUCAGUCAUGGAUGGUGCCGAACUCGAUCUUAAUAAUACAAUUCUUUCUUCAUCUUCAAAGCCAACAACAACAUCAUCAUCAAUAUCAACUUCUGAUGAUUAUGAAAAAGAUCUUCAAUUAGCUGCUGAACUUGGCAGAUGUUUACUUGAACGAAAUCAAGAAUUACAAAAUUAUAUAGAUAUUUUACAGAAACAAAUUGAUGAUGAACAAUGUAAUACAAAAUUAUUACAUGCUAAACUUGAAUCAACUCGUGAACAACUCGAUACUAAAUGUAAACAAACAGAAAUAUUAGAUGCAACUAAUUUCGAUUUAGAACGAGAACUUGCUCGACAACGUCGAGAAAAUGAAAUAAAUCGACAACGUAUUCAAGAGUUAUCUGAUUUAUAUGAAAAAACACGUAAACAAUAUCUUGAAAUUGAAAAUGAAUAUGAAACAUUUCGAUUAAAACAGUCUACAACCCUUUUUUUUCCUAAACAAUUACAUUCUCCUAUACAAAAAUCGAAUAUUUCAAUAUUGAAAUCAACAAAUCUACGACGUUCACGUUCGUUUGAUUUUAAUUCGACAUCUAAUUCAUCAUCAUCAUCGUCGAACAUAUCAACAUCUUUGAAUAUAUUCGAUGUAUCAUCAGCAUCAGUUUUUAAAACACAUCUUACUGAACUAAAAUCACGUAUAAUUUCAUUAACAACAGAAUGUUCGAGAUUAAAUGAAAAACUUGAUAAAUCUAGACAAGAAAAACGUUAUUUAAUUGAUCGUAUAACAUUACUCGAACGACAACGUCGUGAUGAUAAUGAUUCAUUACAAAAUGAAUUAAAUCAUUGUAAAAAACUGUUAGAAAAAUAUACGAAUGAUAAUUCAAAUACAAUUUUAUCGAAUAUUUAUUCACCACCCGAACAUGAAGUAUCAUUAUAUGAUGAAGUUUUAUUAGAAAAUAAACAAUCAAUGAAUAAACCAUCUUAUGAAUCAACAAAUUAUAAGGAUUUAUUUGCUCGUGUUUAUGAAAAAUUAAAGAUAAGUAAUAAUAAUAAUGCAUGA